CGCCAGCACCCGACCUCUUCGGACGGCAUGUUGGCCCUCUUCCUUCUAACCAACGUCUUCGUCUUCCCGUCCACUGCCGACGCGCAGCAGAAUGGCUUCCCAUGGUUUCGACCUAACAUUUCCUCCAAUGAGGUAAUCAGAGAUGCAGAAAGAAGGUAUUCAAACUUUAAAAUAUACGACCAAGGAGGAAGCAGCAGCAAUUGCAUUCCUAAAUGUUUUGCAGAGAAAGGAAUUAGGGGACCUCCAGGAGAGCAAGGUCUACCAGGACCGGUAGGAUUACAAGGCUUUCAGGGAAUGGAAGGACUGCCCGGCCCUUCAGGAGAUAAAGGAGAUCCAGGACCUAUGGGGCCUCGGGGAUCAAGAGGUUUUCAGGGAAAAAUGGGCAUGCCUGGAUUCCCUGGAGGUAAUGGUGUACCUGGUCAAAUAGGACCUCCAGGAUUGCCUGGGUUUCCUGGAAAAGAUGGUUGCAAUGGUACUGAUGGUUGGCCAGGAGCUCCUGGCCUGCCUGGUCCAUCUGGGCCAAGAGGAUUUCCUGGCCAAAAGGGAGAAUCAGGUCCAAAAGGAGAACCAGGCAAUACUGGGAGGUACUCAAAGGGCGAGAAAGGAGAACCUGGGCCAGACGGUCCUCAGGGUGAUCGGGGUCCUCAAGGGCCUCCUGGAACCAUAGGUCAACUUGGGCAGAAAGGCGAUCGUGGCCCGGAGGGUGCUAAAGGUGCAAAAGGCUUUAAAGGCGAUAAAGGACUACCAGGGAUUGCUUUCGAUGGUCCUUCAGGAGAGAAGGGAGACAGAGGUGAACCAGGGCCACCUGGACCACAAUCAGCACCGUUUGAAUCUAAUGUAACCACCACUUGUGUUGGUCCUCCAGGAGAAAAGGGAAAUCCAGGUAUGAAAGGUGACCAAGGAAUACAUGGAAAAACAGGUGACCCUGGGGCCGAGGGACUUCCAGGAAUGAAAGGAGAAAAAGGGAUAAUUGGACCUCCAGGGUUUCCAGGGCAACCAGGUUUGCCAGGACCACCGGGGCCAAUUGGUCAGAAGGGAGAUCAAGGACUAGAAGGACUUAAAGGACUGAAAGGACUGACUGGUCCAAAGGGAGAGAGAGGAAAGGAUGGAUUUCCAGGAGGUCCUGGUCUUCCAGGUCCACGAGGGCCUCCAGGGGGAGGGAAAGGUCAACCUGGGCCCCCAGGUGAAGCAGGACCAAGAGGCUAUCCUGGUCGCCCAGGCCUACCAGGUGACGUAGGAUUAGAAGGACAACCUGGGGAACCUGGACCACAAGGUUACCAAGGUGGACCCGGAACUCCUGGCGCUCCUGGGCUUGAAGGGAAUCCAGGGGAUAAAGGCCAAAAAGGAGAACCUGGUCUCACUGGUUUGCCGGGAGAACCGGGACCUCGUGGCUAUCCAGGCUAUCCAGGUUCACAAGGUACAACUGGUGAUAAGGGAGACAAGGGACUUUCCAUAGUGGGGCCACGAGGAGAUGAUGGACUUCCAGGACUGCAAGGCGACAAAGGACAAAAAGGAGAAAGAGGUUUUCAAGGUCCUCGUGGAUUUCCCGGUGAUUCCAAAGGGGGUAUUCCUGGGAGUCCAGGACCUUCAGGAGAUAAGGGAGUCCAAGGUGUUAAAGGAGUCAGAGGACGAGAUGGUCAACCAGGUAUUGAAGGUGAAAAAGGAGAUAAAGGAGGCCAGUGUUCUGGAUGCUUGCCAGGUCGAAGAGGAGAUAAGGGAGAUCGAGGACUUGAUGGGCUUCCAGGUCAGGAUGGUCAGCGAGGUUCUCAAGGUCCAGUAGGAGAUACUGGAGACCGAGGAGAGCCAGGAAUCCCAGGGCCAGAAGGAAUUCCGGGCAUAUCAGGCUUACAAGGACCUCAAGGCGAUAGAGGCGACAAGGGUCAGAAAGGUGAACCAACAAUCAUACCCGAUUUUUCAACGAAGGGCCCGCCUGGUCCAAGAGGUGACAGGGGCAGUAAUGGAUUUCCUGGACCUGCCGGUGAAAAGGGUGAUAGAGGCCCUCCUGGUCCUUUUGGAUUCCCAGGUGUCAAGGGUGAUAAGGGAAAUCAAGGGUUCCCUGGUGCUGAUGGAAGUGAUGGUCCGGCUGGAACUCCUGGACGUAAAGGAGAAAAGGGCUAUAGUAUUAAGGGAGAACAAGGCCCUUUUGGUGACAAAGGAGACAAAGGUUUACCAGGAUACCCAGGACUGAAGGGUAUAAAAGGGGAACCAGGUAAUUGCUCAUUUCCUUCUCCAAUCAAUAUUACUCAAGUAAAAGGAGAACCAGGAUUAAAAGGUGAAAAGGGAAAUCUUGGUGUAAAUGGUCCUAAGGGCGAUAAGGGGGAUGCAGGGAUUUCGGGCCCAGCCGGACCAAUUGGACAGCCUGGAUUCCCAGGGCCUGUCGGACCUCGAGGUUUUCCAGGACCCAGAGGAGAUAAAGGAGAAAUGGGUCCAAUGGGAUUUGUGGGAGAACCAGGUAGAGAUGGUAGCAAGGGUAGCCUCGGACCUAAAGGAUAUAGGGGAAUCAAGGGAGAACCUGGAAUACCUGCAGUUGGACCUCCCGGACUCCCAGGAGAUGCAGGGGCUAAAGGUGAAGGAGGCCUUCCAGGACCUCCUGGAAAACAAGGAACAAGAGGAUCUCCAGGAAAAGAUGGACUUCCAGGAGAUAAGGGAGAGCCAGGAGUGGCGGGACUUACUGGACUUACCGGGCAGCCAGGGCAGAAAGGUGACGCUGGUCCCGAAGGCCCGCCUGGAUCUAAGGGAAUGGAAGGACACCCAGGAAUUGAUGGGCAAAAAGGAGAGCCGGGAUUGAUUGGUGACCCUGGAAGACCUGGAUUGGUAGGUUUACCGGGAGAAAAGGGUGAAAAAGGAGAAUACGGAAUUGAAGGAUUGAAAGGUUAUGCUGGUAAAAGAGGACCACCAGGACCACCUGGACCACGCGGUAUUGACGGCCGUCCAGGUGACAAAGGUGAGAGAGGUUUAAUUGGGCUUGAAGGAUUCCCUGGACUUCCUGGAGACAGUGGGCUACCAGGACCUAAAGGACCAACUGGACUUCCAGGUGAUAGAGGUUUCCCUGGCUCUCGUGGUCUUCCCGGACCUCCUGGUACAUGGGGUCAACCUGGAGCUAAAGGAAACACCGGACCACAGGGUCUUCCAGGAGAACCAGGUAGUGCUGCCGAAAAGGGUGACUCGGGAUUACCAGGACCAAGAGGUCAGCCUGGACCCAUGGGCCCACCUGGACGAGAUGGAAUAAAUGGUGAGAAAGGAGAACCAGGACUUCCAGGCCAAGGAAGCCCGGGGAUCAAGGGAGAAAAAGGAGUUCCUGGACGUCCCGGCUUACCUGGAAAAGAUGGGUUCGAUGGAGAUAAAGGUGACCGAGGAGAACCAGGCUAUCCAGGGCCAACAGGACCCAAAGGUUCUAGUGGAGAAAGAGGGCCCCCAGGAACACCUGGUAUGGAUGGUACACCAGGUUUAGAUGGUGAAAUAGGUUUGCCUGGAGUUAUUGGUGAUACAGGAGAAAAGGGUGAUAAAGGUGAAGCAGGAUUUCCUGGACUUUCGGGGCUUAAAGGAAUCGAAGGACCGGCAGGAGUUGCUGGGUUCCCUGGGCUACCAGGUCCGAGAGGAUCCAAGGGAGACAGAGGUUUGCCAGGAAUAACAGUGUCAGUAAAGGGAGAAAUGGGACUUCCUGGGCCGCCUGGACCACCUGGGCCAUUUGGAGAAAAAGGAGAUUGGGGACCAAGUGGACCUCUGGGCCCUCAGGGUCUCCCUGGUAGACCAGGUCCCAAGGGCCUGCCAGGAUAUGAUGGUGUACCAGGAUCUCCUGGCUCAAAGGGAGAUAUUGGAUAUCCUGGACCAACAGGGUAUCCCGGUGCUUCAGGUGCUAAAGGAGAGAAAGGAUUACCUGGACCACCAGGAAAGAAAUGUCGAGAUGGUAGCCCUGGGGUCGCUGGUCCAAAAGGUGAGCAAGGUUUCCCAGGACUUCCAGGAUUUAAAGGUUCAAUGGGACCCCCAGGACCAGUUGGAUUGUCUGGACCGAAAGGAGAUCAAGGAUUUCCUGGACUACCAGGUAUGGAUGGGCGCCCAGGAAAUUCGGGAAUACCAGGAAUUGAUGGAUUACCAGGCCCACGUGGAGAUAAAGGAGAGCCAGGCGUAUCUCCAACACCUCAACCUGGGCUCCCUGGACAGAGGGGAGAUCCAGGAUUUGAUGGACCACCUGGAGAAAAAGGUGACAUUGGGAACCCAGGUAUUCCUGGUUACCCAGGUGAAAAGGGCAAUAUAGGACUGAUGGGUCCACAGGGUUCUGAUGGUUUCCCUGGUCUAAAAGGUGCAAAAGGUGAUACAGGACCAAGAGGUGAUCCUGGGCUACCGGGGAGAAUAGCUGAAAAGGGAGAUAAGGGAGAACCAGGAUUAGAAGGAAUGCCUGGACCGCCUGGCUUCUCCGGUAAGGAUGGACCUCCUGGGCCUCCUGGCUUCCCUGGUUUGAAGGGUCAAUCCGGUCCACCGGGGAUAUCCGGAUUACCAGGCCCCAAAGGAUGGCCUGGAACAAGGGGAUCCGAUGGAGUUCCUGGUUUACCUGGUCUUUUGGGACCUCAAGGACCACCCGGAAAUCCAGGGCCUCCUGGUGACCCCUGCUUUCCUGUGCCUGAUUACAUGACGGGUAUAUUGCUUGUGAAGCACAGCCAAACGUCUGCACCGCCCACCUGUGAGCCAGGCCACCAUAAACUCUGGGAUGGUUACAGUUUGCUUUAUAUUGAAGGAAAUGAAAAGGCACACAAUCAGGAUUUAGGUUUUGCUGGAUCAUGCAUCAGAGUUUUUUCAACAAUGCCAUUUUUGUUCUGUGAUGUGAACCAAGUAUGUAACUACGCAAGUAGAAAUGAUAGGUCAUAUUGGUUAAGUACGAAUGAGCCCAUUCCAAUGAUGCCCGUUGAAGAAAGAGAUAUUGAAAAAUACAUUUCCAGGUGUGUUGUUUGUGAAGCUCCUUCGAACGUAAUAGCGGUUCACAGCCAGUCAGUUGUAAUCCCUAAUUGUCCUCAAGGAUGGACUGGUUUAUGGAUCGGUUACAGUUUUGUGAUGCACACGGCUGCGGGAGCUGAAGGAGGCGGCCAAUCAUUGGCUAGCCCAGGAUCCUGCCUCGAGGACUUCAGGGCGACGCCGUUCAUAGAAUGCAAUGGAGAGAAGGGAACGUGCCAUUAUUUUGCCAACAAACUUUCCUUCUGGUUGGCUACAAUUGAGCCUCAAAACCAAUGGCAGCCACCACAACGAGAGACCAUCAAAAAUGGAAAUAUCAGGCAACGUAUCAGUCGGUGUCAAGUUUGCAUUAGGACAUAGCUUCUCUGAUUAUAAAGUAUUGAUUGAACCACAGUCUCGAUGAGCAAACUGUUCAUCCAUCUUCACUGCCAUUAGAUAUGCUACAUGUAAAUGAUGUUUCUUAUUUCUUAGUGAUUUUAUAUACAUAGUCUAAUAGUAAUAUAUUUACUUGUUGAAUAGAUAUGUUUUUUAAUAAUGAGAAUGUUUAAAUGUGAUUAGUAAAAUGUUGAUAUACAAAAAUGAUCUGUAAAUAAAACUCGGUAUAUCAAUAUUUUUUUUUAAUAAUUGUUGUAUAUGUGCUGUCGUUACUACGGUGAGGAAAAUAUGUGCCAUAAAUUAUAAUCAGUGUAUGACUUAAAAUAAAUAUUUGUACAAUUUUGUAAUUUUAUAUGAAAUUAGGUUAUUCAUUCUUGCUUAUAGAGUUGAAUUAAUUUGUAUAUUUAUUACAAAUUAUUAAAAUAGAUAUAAGUGUGAAUAAGACGAAUUUGUGAACUAAUUCUUAUUUACUAUGCCAUCUGCUUUGUGCCGUGUUCUGUUUAUAUAAUUUAAUAAAUUUUGUUUAUUAAUUAUAUCCU